AUGCGGUGCCCAUGGCCCUCAGUUGUGGCUGCUGCGUUGACUGCCCUGGUGUCUGCAGUGGCAGCAUCUUGGUGGUCUUGGAAGCAGCUCGAGACGCGCCUUGCUGCGCAGGAGGAGCGCCUUGCGAAAGACUUCGAGAAGCGCCUUGCUGCGCACGAGGAUCGUUUGACAAGGUUGGAACAACGCUAUGAGACCGGACACUCGAAACGGCCCAGUGUCACGGCAGAGGAGCCACGAAGCGAGAUGCCAAAGUCCCCAAAGACCCUUCCCAGGCGCCUUCAGCACCAUGCCGCAGACCAGCCAAAGAAGACAAUAGAGGAGAACUUUGACUCGUUUGCCAGCUACCUCAGAGGACAGGAGGCGCCGGCAAUGCUCUCGGCAAUGCCCUGGGUAACGUGUCUGCUGGCUGUGAACACUUACGGUGAAUUCCCCUCCGCCGACAAGGACAUGAAUUGUAACGAUAUCAGCGAUCUUACUGACGCUGAGAAGGCCACGAUCACCUACUCAGCCAUUGGAUUUAAAGCGAAGCUCUUCGCCGUGCUGGAGAAGCACCAUGGAGACGUCCGUCUCCAUGAUUUGGCAGUGGCUUCUGCUGCCUUUGGUAUCGCUGUGCUUCCGCAUUUUCCGCCGGGGGUGAAAAGCGCCAUGGGAUUAGGUAACUUGCUGCGGCCAAUAGAGAUUGCUGCAAGUUCAAAUCUUGAUGACCGCUUAGAGAUUGCCCGACACUUGUUGACACAGUACUCAACUGGAAAUUUGACAUUUGUGGGAUUUGGCUUGGAGAUGGUCCGCAAGAAGGUCAUUACAGUUGAACCAGAAAUGCUGCGAGUGGUUGCCUGGGGAACUUUGCGCUGGUGGCUCAUCAAGCCAAGUGCUGACUCAGAUUGUGACUAUGCCAACUCCGCCUACUACGUGCAAUCUGGCGGCCUGCAGAGUGCUCUGAGAAAUAUGGAAGGGUUCGCUGACUUGUCUAAGAGCCUGACGAAUGAGACCACAUUCAAAGAGACGUACCCAGCGUUUGCCAUCCAGUACGCAGUAGAACACCCAGAGGUCUUGGACGAGAAGACCAGCGACGGUCUCACCAUGAUGAUGGAGGCCAGCAAAUUGCGCAGCUGCAAGGUCAAUGACCUCGCGUUCACCGGGCUGCUUGAAGCUCAUGAGAUGCUCGACAUGCCCAUCAACACCAUGGCGGAGUGGGGCAAGGAUGCAGCAAUGUUGGCAGAGGAGGCUGGCUACGCGAACCGGUCUGCCAUUCUUGAGGAGAAGGUGUUAGAGAAGGACUUGGAGGACACGCCCUUCGUGUACCACUUCCCGUACAUGGCUUUGCUUAUCCUCGGGUCGCACAUCGUGCUCUUCCUUGUUAGCAUGAUCUUCAUCUUUGGUCAUGGCUCCGGAAGUGUAACGCGCGCUACACUGGCUACGCACGGGCAAGACUUUGUGAUGAAGAUUGUGGUGUUCAUGGCAUGUAAUGCGCUGAUCAUGUCUAGUACGGCACCUGCUCUGCUGCUCCGGCCUGGUUCCUUGCUAAAGGUCUCAUGCAACCUCCACGUGCCUAGCAGCUGGCCGAUCUUCUUCCUCUUGGGGGUUGCAUUCCUGGUGUUUGUGAUCCUUGACUUUCGCAAGGCCAACGAUUUGGCACAAGGCCAGGGUCCUGUGGCCAAAACGGUGACAGCUGAGAACAUCUACCAGGACCCCAAGGUGCCCAUCCUUACUUGCUUGCACACCUUCGUGCUGUCCUGCGUGUUCGUCUGCGUUUACUGGUCUGCCUUGGUUCAGCCCAUCGAGAUGAAUUUGUUCUCGAAGUUCUUGUGGUCGUGCUCCCUCUUUGUCCAGUAUUACAUCAGUAGCAAGUUCAAAGAAGAAUCACGCAUCCUGAGUUUCGCAUCCUUGAGCCGUUGGGCUGUUCGCCUGGAUGACCAGGAAAAUAAUGAGUUGUGGGCCGUCCUGCUGCGACAGUCCAAGAUGGCGGAUGGAGCAGUGAAUGGGCAAAUUCCCCGGCUAAGCCGGGUCGAGGUGCUCCUCCGGUUUGCCAUGUGUUAUGUAUCCAACGGCUUGUUCCGCAUUUUGAUCGUGUACUCGCUGCCUGUCUAUCUGGCGGCCUCUGGAAGUGCCAGUGACUUUGCCUUGAACGCCUUUGCCGUAACAUUCAUUUCAGAGCUUGACGACCUUCCAGACAGCGUCGACUACGAGUUGGGUGAGUAUGAACCUCUACAGGGCGAACAGUGCGAAAUGAAGCCGCUUGCGUGA